AUGCACUUGCUAUCCGUGACACUUAUCAAUAACAUUUUUAUACUUCUCGCUGCCACCUUCACUACCGUUGUGGCAUUCGACAUCAAUUCUAACACCAAUGUUGCAGUUUAUUGGGGACAAAACUCCUAUGGUAGCCAGACAAACCUAGCAAAUUAUUGUCAGUCCUCUGACGCGGACAUCUUUUUGCUAUCCUUCCUCAAUAAUUUCCCAGAUCUAGGUUUGAAUUUUGCCAACGCAUGUGGUACUACUUUCCCUGGCUCUACUUUGUUACACUGCACACAAAUUGCUGCUGAUAUUAAAACUUGUCAAUCACUAGGUAAGAAAGUAUUAUUAUCCCUUGGUGGUGCGGUUGGAUCAUAUGGAUUUUCUAGUGAAGCUGAGGCGGAAACAUUUGCUGACACUCUGUGGGCCACUUUUGGUGAGGGCUCGGGCGUUUCGAAUCGUCCAUUCGAUGAUUCCAUUGUUGAUGGUUUCGAUUUCGACAUUGAAAACAACAACCCAACUGGUUAUGCAGCUUUGGUUACCAAGUUAAGAACUUUGUUCAAAUCCGGUUCCAAAACAUACUAUAUUGGUGCAGCACCACAGUGUGUGUAUCCAGAUGCCUCUGUGGGCAACUUAUUGAGUAAUGCUGAUGUCGAUUUUGCUUUCAUCCAAUUUUAUAAUAACUACUGCAAUGUUGAUAAACAAUUUAAUUUUGAUACCUGGGCUAAUUUUGCGAAGACCGUUUCACCUAAUAGGGACAUAAAACUUUUCGUGGGUUUACCUGGUGGUGCAAGCGCUGCUGGCAGUGGAUAUAUCUCUGACAUGAGUGUUAUAAGAUCAAUGGUACAGACAGUCUCGGAGAAUGCUAACUUCGGAGGUAUAUCUCUUUGGGAUGCUUCACAAGCAUGGUCUAAUAAGGUCGAUGGCUCUACUUACGUUCAUUGGAUGAAAUCAAUUCUAGAGGAAUAUGCUAGUUCUAGUACUAGCACUACAACUACUUCGAAGACAACUACCUCGAAAACAACUACAACGACACCAACGACACCUACGACUACGUCUAAGACCAGCACCACUACUUCGAAGACAACGACUACUACAACUAGUACCACAUCAAAGCCUACAACCUUAUCGCCCACAACAACUACUAAGUCAUCGUCAACUAAGACCACUACAACCUCUACUUCCACUGCGACAUCUGCAUUGGAGCAGGCCUGUCACUUAAAUGAUUUGUACUCACAGGGAUUAUACAAUGGCCAGAGUACAUGUUCGACCGGUCAAACAGCCUGUGAUUCGGCAGGAAACUAUGCCGUUUGUGAAAACGGGUCCUGGACGUCAACUUCCUGUGCUGCUGGCACUACUUGUUUUGCUUACGCUUAUAACAAUCAAGUAUUAACUGGGUGUAAUUGGCCCAAUCAAAAGCCUAAUUGCUCCUAG